GUCCUGCCAAGGCGUGGCGCAUGCGCUGUUUUGGUUGGUAGACUUGCUAGUAGAUCGCCAAGUGCUGCCGAGCAUUGGUGUCAGCUGGUGAUCUCGUCAGAUGGUGUCGCGAAUCCUAUAAUAUCGCAUCAAUCGUCGUGCGGAGGAAAGAGGUUCAAGAUGAGCACUGGAAUGCCGGAAUUAGGCUCGAAGAUCAGCCUUAUAUCGAAGGCCGACAUUCGUUAUGAGGGACGUCUCUUCACCGUCGAUCCUCAGGAAUGUACAAUCGCUUUGGCCAAUGUGCGCUCCUUCGGGACAGAAGAUCGAGAGACAAAGUUUCAAGUAGCACCACAGAAUCAGGUCUACGAAUAUAUUCUCUUCAGGGGCUCAGACAUAAAGGACAUCAGGGUGGUCAACAAUGUCAGCUCCAUUCCUAAUGAUCCAGCUAUUGUGCAGAUGACAGUGCAGCCAACCAUGGGCCAGCAAUCAUACCAGCCUCAACCUGGCUACGGACAUCCGAUGAUGGGUCAGAUGGGCCCGAUGGGUGGCCAGUAUGGUGCUCCGUAUGGUAUGAUGGGUGCUAUGGGCCCGGUAAUGGGUAUGCCAACCGCUGCACGUGAUCCCCAUGGACCCAUGAAUAAACAGCCAAGUGAGUUGGGCUUGGGCCCUGCCGAACCCAACGCCAUCUCUAUCCCAAACUCACUACCGACGGCCAACGUCGACCCAUUACCAAAAGACCAAUCUCUGGAAGAUGGUGUUUUCGAUUUAAUAAGCGGUGGAUCGCGUUCCACGACCCCGACUUCAUCCUUAUUGACUAGAAAGAGUCCUACGAUGGAUCAAGGAAUUCAGGUAGGCCAUCAGCAACAACAACAGCAACAACAACAACAACAUCAACAGCAGCAGCAACAACAGCAAACUAAUCCCAACAUCAUAGGAAAACACAACGACAAACCGAGCGUACGAGCCGUCCAGCCUCCGCAUCGCGAUCGGGAAAAUCAUGGAAGUGGACGAACUGGAAGUGGUAUGUCGCAGUACAGCGAAGGAAAGCGUGAUGUAAUGAAGCAUGAUGGUCAUCUUCAAGGUCCAGGUCAUAUUCAUCCACCUCAUGGACAAAAUGGCCGUGGAAAUCGCGGCGGAUGGAUUGGCCGUGGAAACAUGCGUGGUAGAGGGCGAGGUCGCGGUGGUUUUCGGCCCAAUCAACCGGGUAAUGCUAAUAUCAAACCCAAGAACACACUUAAGUUCGAUAACGACUAUGACUUUGAACAAGCCAACACUGAAUUUGAGGAGUUGAGAUCUCAAUUGGCGAAGACGAAAAUCGAUGCUGGAACGGAAAACGAGAAGAAGGAUGACAGUGGCAACGAGACCGGAGCCGGCGAAGGCGAACCAGAGGAGGAACCGGAAGUCGUUCACUACGACAAAUCCAAAUCCUUCUUCGACAACAUAAGCUGCGAAGCCGUCGAGAGGAGUAAAGGAAGAUCCCAACGUACGGACUGGAGGACCGAGCGCAAACUGAAUUCCGAGACGUUCGGUGUGGCUUCGACGAGACGCGGCGGUUUCCGUGGCCGUGGUUAUUACAAUCGCGGAAUGGGUGGGAUGUACCGAGCUGGCGGAGGUGGUGCUGGAAGCGGUGGUGGUUUCCGUGGUGGUUAUCGAGGUAACAGAGGUGGAAAUCGCAAACCCGCCAAUCAGAUCCAGAACAAUCCAGCCAGCCAGAAUCGUACCAGCAGCAACGAGCAGCCGACAUCGUCCCAGCCGCAACAACAGAACAAUCGCUUGGUAACCGGAACUGCGUAAACGCGUCUGGUGCAGCUUGCGAUUACUACUACUACUAAAUAAGUAUUUACUAGCGAGUAAGAUUUUUACAAUACGUGCUCUGCUGCCCUUGGACUGAUACGAAUUCGAGUCUGGCAAUCGUUAGUUGUGUAGUGGUCUUACGGAUUUAAUUCUAGAUUAUCCUACACAGGAUUGCGUUCGCUGUGGAUUGAGGCAGGCCUGACGUACAUGCGGUUUAGUCGCAAGACGCAAGAUAUGCGUCGCGCGAGAGGACUCUACUGGCGCACAGGACUCCAUAUCGACGCGACACUUCCCAAUCCCAAAUAUUCGCGAUUCGCGGUUCGUUGCAGGAUCAAUCGUGAUCGUUGAUACUCGAUAUCUAAAAGAGAAACCCGUUUCCCCGGCAUCUCGCAAGGACGAGCACCGCAUCGUCGACAUCCUCUGUACCUGGGGAACUCGUGAAUUAUUAUACUUCAUCCUCUUGCUUUCUUUUAUUUUUUUUUUUUUUUUAUAUUUUGCUUUCUACCUCACGUGUAGUCUGUCUAUUGAGACACGGAGACUGUCUGCCGGGGAGGUCUUCUUCAGGGACAUUUUCUUUUUCUUUUUUCUACGAAACGCGAUAAUCCCCCACGGCAGAGAACAUGCGUGAUCGUUCUUGCGAAGAUCCUUUGAUAUGCUGGGACGUAGUUUUUUUUAGUGGCUAAUAAUCAGACUUGAAUAUACCGGGGACACGGUGGUUCUUUACUUUUUUUUUUUGUAAAUUUCUUUUUUUUUCUCCUUAUAUCGGUCUUCCUCAUAGUCGCAAUCUCGACAGAGGAAGUAUGGCGCAUCCGGCCUUUCGCGAAGCAUGGCAAAAUAUAUAAUAUACGGAAAGGAAGUUUUAACGAUGGUGGCCCCGAUGCUGGACAUUUUGGUGUUGUUGGAUUGUAUCCGCGUGACGGAAGUGAACGGAAUAUUUUAUCGCGACGGUUUUCGCGAAUGCCGGAUGACGAUAGGCUAACGGGUGGCGUUUCGCGAAAUAAAUAUUUAGUAUACGGCGAAUGUUACGUGCACGAAAGACGGUUUAAGAUUGUAAAGAAAAAAAAAAAAAGGAGAAGAUGACCAUGUAGAGAAAAAAAUGAAAAAAAAAAACAAAGAAAAAAUAUAAUAGAGGUUAGAAUUCUCGUGAAACCUAUGCGGAGUUUGACGCAACUUUGUGCGCGAGCUAAGAGCCCCAGAACUCCGGGAUGGAUUUGAUUAUAAAUAUUGUAAUACCACGUCUCGGGUCACGUGGUAAAAUAAUUAAUAAUAUCGAACGCGCGAGUAUUGGCGCUUAACAAUUUCUAAAGGAUGUGUAAAACUUAUGUUGUAAGUAGGCAAUUUUUGGCAGACGAGGGUUCACGUCGCGGACGUAUGGCGAAGACACGAGAAACCGUGCAGACUAUUUUGAUGAAAGUUACGCGUAACGGGAAUGUUCGUCGAAUGUUUUAAUGGGACCGCGAUUAAAUUGAUUAAGCUUUCGGACACGUGACAAAUUAAAUGGAGUACCCGGACGUACCUCGGCCAAUACAUAGGAUAUAAGCGUAAGUCUAUUUGCUAGAAUUAUAAAUACAAUUUAUAGUCGAGGUGACAAAAAAAAAAUGAAGGAGUUCUACCGUGCACGGUUUUUCCUCCUCCACCUCCCCAACGCGACCGACCGCCCCCACUAGAUCGCAUAGAUAUUUGUCGUUAUCCUUUAGGCUAUUGCGAUUAUUACGUGCUCCUCGACGAGAGGCAGCGCGAUAACCUGAGCUCGACUAUGAAUCUUGUAAAUUGUCGAUUGUCAAAUCGUAAUCAGUUAGAGAGACCAAGGAGGCCGCGCGUUGGAAGUUCGUUGGUUGCACGAAAAAAGAAAAUUAAGAAAAAAAGAAGAAAAAAUGAUUGUGAAAGGAGGUAAUGAUAACGAUAGGAAUUAAGGUGGGAUCGAAUAAGGUGUAUAAGUUAAUAUACGAAUGUGAAACACGA